AAGGACACCUCGCAGGUGCUACACGUUUACUCCUAUGACGGCCAGACAAAGGUCAUCAAGGAGAAAACCUGCGUUCCUUUCUCCAACAUUAGCAAAGCCGACUUGAAGCUUUCGGAUAUCCGUGACCUCUUGGUUGGCGAGAAGGUUCUGGAGCCUAGACUGCUUUGGAGCACGUUCUGCAACCAGAGGGGUGCCAAAGUACAGGAUACGACCUCGUUCCAGACAUAUCUUCAGAUUCUGAAUGAGAAGUCGAGCGAACUCGGCGAUCGGUCUGAGGACAAUGCGGAUACCUACAGGGUCUAUCUCAAGUCCAAGAAGAUUAUUGAAAUGGACCACUUGGUUGGCCUUCUUGAUCGAGGUUCCAAGGUUGAUCUGGAUAAGAAAAUAGCGGCGCUGCCUGUCGCAGAUCAGCCAAAGGCCCCCGCUGUCCCGACCAGCUUUAGCCAUAACAUCUUCCUGAACCCGACUACCACGUUCAGCAUCGUCCACCCCGCGGACAUGUCCGAGAAGCACUGGAGUGUCGUGAUGCGCAACAACUCUCUGCUCCAUGCGUAUCGUGUCCUCGACCUCGGGGACAAGGGCGGUAAACUCGUGGAACGAUCCUUGUAUCCCAGUUUUGUCCUCAAACCUCGCAAUUUCUGGAACUACCAGAUCAGCGCCACUGCCGAGGUUGAUUCGAUUGCGGGACAGAAGCAAAUGCUGCGCAUUCCGCGCUUCCGUAUCGACGACGACUCCUAUAUCAGACAAUACGAGGAGAAGAGGUCGGUCGCGCGGGCGAUAGCCGAGUCAUGUCUGUCCGAGACCGACGCAAAGCUUGCCAUUGAAGGUGGUGCCUUCGGGUAUAGCGCCAGUGCCUCCGCCAGCUGGGGGGAGUCAAAGUCGUCGGCCUCGACCUCCAGCACCAACGAGAACAGUCGUAUAAUGACUAUUACUUAUAACUUCCCUCGCGUCGUCAUUGACUUCGAUCCGACGGGCUUGGAUCUCUCCGACGAGCUGAAGGAGGAUCUGGCGACGGUCGAUACAGCUGAGGCAGUAGACAUCUUCAAGAACAAAUACGGCCGCUUCAUCGCGACCCGGGUCCAGCUGGGCGGUAGGCUGCAUUCAUCCGAAGAGUCCUCCUCUACCGAUGCCGCAGCCACUGCUGCCCAGGCCAAGAGUAUGCGAGCUGCUGCGGCCCUCUCAUUCUCAUCACCUUGGGUUCAAGCAUCUGCCAGUGCCAGCCACAGCAGUUCGUCGAAUUCCAGCUCCGAGAACAAGAGCAGCGCCUCUACCAGCACUAUUAGCUGGGAAGCACACGGUGGAGAUACCUUACAGUGCAACGAUCCUCCUGCCUGGGCAUACACGGUUGGCUCAUUUUACAACUGGAGAGUUGUCAAACAAACUAAAGUUGUUGCACUCGAAGAUUUCAUCUCAAUGGUACCCGGAUAUCAGAAUACCAAGAAGAAAUUUGCGGAACUGCUGGCAACCAAGCAAGAGGCCAAGCCGGAGAAAGAGCCCGAACCGCCCACUCAGAAGACUAUCAAGUUUCGAAUUCGCUCCAUGACUGGACACCAGUUGACAGUCCCGGCCGAAGGAAAAGGGGAUACUUACAGCCAGACAAUUGAAAAUCUGAUUGGGAAGGAUACGAAGGCCAUGGUCACGGCAGAGCGAUUGAACUUCCUGAACAAGUUAUCGACUGAGAAUAGCCAGAGCACACCACUGCAGCUUCUUAAAGACACCAAAUUGCCAGGUCAAGAGUUCGCAAUUAUCACCGAGGAAGGCCAUCCUGACCAGCUCCUGUUGGACUGGCCAUACAAGAUCAGAACCGGAAGUGACGGCAAUGAACAAUGGCUGGGCGUCAAUCGCACGCUGUCUGGGUUCCUGAGCGAGGCGCUAAUCUGGGCGGGCAAGCCGGAGAACGCGACCUAUAUCGAGUUCAGAGAGUACAGAUUCGGACGUGACAGCGAGUACGUCAAUCAGGGGUCCCCUGUGUUAAUGUUUUUGUACAACAGUGACAAAGAGGUCAUCGGAAACGCUGUCCCUUACUGGCCAGACGCGGAAAUCGACCGAGGUGAGGAGCCCAAGACGCCACUUAAAGUGGGCACGAAUCUGGAUCGAGAGGCGUGGUCUUUCGAGAAGAUCCCCUUUGUGAUCGAUUACCUUUGA